GAAAUGAUAUACCGGUAAUAUAGUAUUCUGUAAUAAAAUGGUGAAGAGCAAGUCCCAAUAAUCCUUAACGUGACGUUUCUUUGUGAAUACUUUGAUAUGAAUAUUCAAUGGUUUUAGAAUUGUAGUAUUUUAUAAUGUUUACAUUGUUAGGAGAAGUAAACUUAUGGACUUUCGAUGAUAAUAUCAAUAUAAAGAGUACAGAUUUUGGUGCAUUUCGAUAUCAUGAUAAACGUAUUGAUCACAUACAUGAAGAAGGAAAAAAAUCUUACUGUCAAAAACGUGGUAUGAUAUAUGUCCCAACAAAUAAAAAAGGAAAUAAAUUGAAAGAUUCUAUUAAAUAUCUAGAGGAACAAUUAAAGGAUAAUUCAAUUGUAUAUUGUCAAUGGUAUAAUGAUUGUAUUUUACAAUUAAUGUUAAAUAAUGCAUUAUUAAUACAAAUACAAGCUAAUAUAGACACUGGUGACAUUUGUAAAAUAACUUUUGAUAAAUAUCUUAUAGGAAAAUUAUUGGAUCAUAUAUCAGAUGUGAUAAUCACUAAAAAUUAUAUUCUUUGCACUUAUAAUGAUAACCAAAUAACUAUUAUACAUUUUACAAGAUCAAAAAGACAUGUUUUUGAUAAAAUUAAUAAACUUGAACCAAAAUUGUCUACAAUUGAUCUAUUUGGUCCUAAUGGUCGCAGAUUGGAUAAAAAAGUUCAGACCAAUAAAUGUGGAGAUUUGAUAUUAAUUUGGUGGAAAUCUACUAUGAAUGAAGUUUAUCCUUGGAGUCCUGCUGUAAAAGAACAUGAUCGUGCUAACAUACAUCUUUAUCGUUUAAUAGGAGUAAAAUUAGAAUUAAUUUGUUAUAUACGUAGUGAAUUUGAUCCUUUAUGUAUAAUGUUUGAUGUAUGCAAUGAUAAUAUUAUUCAUUCUGUAGAACAAAAAGUAUCGCGAAAGGGAGAAGUAACUAUAGAAUGGCGUACAUAUGAGGUUUCUCAACAAGAUAAACUUCAAAGAAUAGCAGUAGUAUCUAUCCCAUUACCUACACAUACAAGUUGUGUAAAAUUUUCACCAACUCAAGAAUUGUUGUUAUUAUGCUGUAUAGAUGGUUCUAUUAUAAUUUAUGAUCAAACUAGAGCUACUACUAUUAGUGUAAAAGCAGUUUUUAUACCUACAUUGGCAUCAUGGCAUAGUGAUGGAAUAAUAUUUGUUGUUGGAAAUGAUAAAGGACAACUUCAACAUUUUGACAUUGCUUUAAAUUGUAUUAAAAGUCAAACAUUAAGUGAAGAAGCAGCACAAGCUAAUAUUCUUGAUUUAUCUUCGUAUUUUAGAAUUCAGCCAGCAUUAUUGCGUAUGGAAUGGAAUAAAAAAAAUGAUUUAAAUUGUUAUAUUAAUUUAUAUAAUCAUGGGAAUUCUUUAUUGUUAAUAAUUUUUCAACGAGGAUCUCUUGGUGUUAUAAAAAUGUUGGAAGGGAAUUCUUUCACCGGUGAUGUAUUAGUCAAAAGAUAUUUAUCUUUAUCUCAAGUUGAACAAGCAACUUCUUUAUUACUAGCUAUGAAUUGGGAUACUCAUUCUCGUGCAUGUAUGCAUGCAUUAAAUCAGAUUGUAAAUUAUUUAUUUAAACUACCACUGACAACAGAACGUGAAAAUCUCAUACAGAAUGCUUUGGGUAGUUUCCAUGUACCUAUUAAACCAAUAAGUCAAGCUAUUGAAGAAGAAUAUGGAGAUGAAAUAAGAGAUUUGACAAGACGUUUUUUCCAUCAUUUAUUAAGGUAUCAUAUGUUUGAAAAAGCUUUUAGGCUUGCUAUAGAUUUAAAUGAUCAUGAUCUUUUUAUGGAUAUACAUUUUUAUGCAUUAGUUGUAAAUGAUACAGCAAUGGCAACUGCAGCAAAAGAAAAUGCCGAACGUAUAUUAAGUCGAUCAAACAGCUGCAAUAGUUCACAUUCUACGUGUUCUAGAGCAUCCUGUUCAAUUUGUUCUUAUUCAAUAAGUGAUAAAGGAGAAGAAUCUUGCAGUGAUGAAAGUGAAAAUUUUUCAAAAGAAAAUCAGACUGAUACGAAACAAUCGAAAAAUCAUAAUUAUAAGAAAGAAUCCAAUAAUCAAAUUCCACCUUUACCAGUUCUCCAUCCACAUCCUCUUCAUAAAAAUCUGUUAUCCACAUCAUUUACAGAUGUAUCAUCUGAUGCAAAAACUGACUGUAAUUUAGAAACAUCUUUCAACAUGCCUAAUAGUACUCUUGUCACAACUUCUUUCAAUCAUUCAUCACAUCUUUCCCUCUCAAAUACAUUUCUUACAUCAACAUCUUUUAACAAACCACUGUAUAAAAUUCAUACAAAUUCAAUACCAGUAUCUACAAUGUCUUCUAAUUCACAAUCUUUCAAUAAUAUUUCUGAUGAUUUAAUGACAACUUCAUUUGGAAGUUUAUCUUUAAAUGAACGAAAAACCGGAAUAUCUAAUCGAUUUAAUGAAAACUCUGUAGAUACUGCAUUAAACAAAGUUUUAUGUGGUGAAAUGCAAUUUUCUCUUGAUGAUGUAUCUAAUAAUGCAACAACAGCAAAUUUAAUACAAGAAAACAGUUUUAUGUCAACUCCUUUUAAUAAUCCAACAUAUGAAUCAGUUACAUCAGAUGUUUCUUCUGAUUUAUUAAGAUCUUCAUUAGAUAAUAUAGAUAAUAAUAUUAUGUCUACAUCUUUCAGUACAGUUGGUAUGGAUACUUCAAAUUCAUAUGAUAAUUCUUUUAAUGAUUUAGUUACUAAAUCUGAAUCAAAUAUUGCUUCAUCUCCUCUAAAAAGCAUAAGAUCAUCUGUUAUAAUGAAUGAUAUUAUGUCUAAAGCACUUCCUGAUUCUAUUGUAAUAAAUAAAUCAACAUCUAAUUUUCAUAACAAUCAUAGUAAUCUUGCCUCUACUUCAUUUAAUUUUCUUGAAAAUCAAGUACAAGAUUCUGGCAAUAGUAAUUUAAAAAAUUUUAAUAGUGAAAAUAAUUCUAAUAUGAAAUUACAACAAUCUAGUCUAGCAAAAAAAGUGGAUUUUAAUAUUCCACCACCACCUUCUUUAACAAAUUCAUUUACAAAUUAUUUUCAAGGUCUUCCAAAAAAAAAUCUUCGUUUAUCUAGGAGUACAUCUGGAUUAGCAGAUAUUGAUGAAUCUGUUAGAAAAUUUUCAUUUACUAAAACAAGAAAUAUCAAUUCAUAUUUAUUACAAAAACAAAAUUCAACAUCUAAUAUUUUACAUGAUCAAUUUAAAUAUAAUAAUAUUAAAUCUUCUAGAUAUAGAUUUAAUUAUGAUUUUGAUUGCAUUUCACUUCAUGGAAGUUGUGAUAAUAUUGAUAUGCAUUCUUCUACUAAUAAUUUGAGAUUAAAUAAUUCACAAUUUUCUACUCCUUAUGGUAUACAAAACAAAUUUGAAAGACAUUCAAAAUUAGUAUUAUCACAAAAUGGUACAAAUACUAGUGUUAAUAAAGAAUCUAAGAUAUCUUCUAACAUUCCACCUCUACCUGUUAUAUCAUCUCCUAUAUCUAAUUCUAUAUCCUGUACUCCCUUUUCUACCUUCACAGAUACAACAUUAGCAACAAAUGAAAAACCAAAGGUUAAAUUUUCAGAUACAGUGACUCAUAUAUUGGUACCUGGUACGGGGCAAUCACAUAAACAAAAACGUUCUACAAUUAGUCAAGUGCAUUUAACUGAUCCCAAACGUGAGUUAGCAGAAAGCCUUCCAUUGUGCCUUGGAAAUGAAGAUUAUCUUAAAGAUUUUCAACCAUUAUCAAAAGAAGAUAUUAACGAUAAAAUAAAGGAAUCUUCAAGACCAGAAGAAAGUUCAAAAAUAAAAGUUGUACACUUUGGUUUAUUAUGAAAAAAAAGAUUAAAAUUCAAAUAUGAAA